GUAGAUUAUAGGAGACACUGUAUUCGGACACAAGAAGUGUUUAUUUCUUCUUCCUCUCUUCGGUUCCUUGUUAUUCUAAAUGUCAUCCAGAUAAAAAUAGCUGCUACCAUAAUCUUGUCACCUUCGCUACCCCUGUCUGACUGAGCACAGGGGAGAUACUAGUAGUGGCAUGUUCAGGAUCGGCAGAUAGUCAGAAGCCUUCGAAACGUCCUCUGAUUGGUUUAGAAAUGUUGCGGUUGGUGACGAGUGCGUUACUGAUGGGAGGUGGCACGCGCUGGACUGGCCACUUGGCGAGCGGUGCGAGGAGGCAGUGUCACACAUUGUGUUGCAGCACUGGGAAUCGGCUGGACGGGUGGAGUAAGCGGGACCCUCAACGUGACACGCAGAGCUGGAGAAAUCUUACAACAAUGCCUGAGAUAAAUACAGAUUCUUUAGACCAGCAGCAAGUGCAGCUGCUGGCAGAAAUGUGCAUUCUUAUCAAUGAAGAUGACAAAAAGAUUGGAGCAGAUACAAAGAAAAACUGCCAUCUGAAUGAAAACAUUGAUAAAGGUUUAUUACAUAGAGCUUUCAGUGUCUUCUUGUUUAAUACGGAAAACAAACUGCUAUUACAACAAAGAUCCGAUGCAAAAAUCACUUUUCCAGGUUGCUAUACAAACACCUGUUGUAGUCAUCCGCUAAACACGCCUGUAGAAACAGAAGAACUAGAUGCCAUAGGAGUAAGGCGAGCAGCUCAGAGGCGUUUGAAAGCAGAGCUGGGGAUUCCAAUGGAGCAGGUUACCCCAGAUGAACUUACUUAUCUCACCCGGAUUCACUACAAAGCACAGUCUGAUGGAAUAUGGGGAGAACAUGAAAUUGAUUACAUCCUGUUUGUGCAGAAGAAUAUUACACUUGAUCCUGACCCCAAUGAGAUCAAAAGCCACUGUUAUGUUUCUAAGGAAGAACUUAAGCAGUUGUUGGAAAAAGCUAAGCACGGAGAAAUUAAAAUCACACCAUGGUUCCAGCUAAUUGCAGACACUUUCCUUUAUAAGUGGUGGGAUAAUCUUCAGAAUCUGAAGGAAUUUCAGGAUCAUGAUACAAUUCAUAGGAUGUAAGAUUCGUGUAGGAACUAAAGCAACCUGUGUGAAAAAUAAGUGGCAUUCAGAACAAUGCAUGAAAUUAGAUAAUUAAAAUUAAAAUAUUCAACAAAAUGUUGCAGAUCCAAUGGGACAAUUACAAUAUAGUUAGGUAUAGAUUCCUUUGCACUAAAGGAUUUUUUAAAAACCUGAUUACUUUUUCCCCUAUUAUGUUUAAACAUUUGUUUAUCCUGAGCCUGUAAACUACAUGCUUGAUUUUUUUUCUUUCAUCUGCUUUGUGGUGAUCAAAAACUUCCAGUCUGCAAAAAAUGGACCUUUCGGAUUCUUAAAUUAUAUUUCUACAAAAAGGAAAAGCAAGUUAAUACUAAGGAUAGAUCCAUAACAUUAUUUUGUUUUAUAAAUUUCAUUAGGAAAACUAAGUAUCCAAUUUUAGUAUGUAAUUUUAACAAUAAGUUGGUGAUUUCAAACUUUAUAGUGAGACAGUGCUGUUGAUAAUUGGGUGCUAUGACAUACCUGGUUUGACAAUUUUAUACAUUCUUAAUUUGUAUUGCCGUUAUUUAGAACUGUGAAAUACAGUAAUGGAAACCUCUAGCCUGCAGAGAAAUAAUCUUCUCAUUAAUAUAUAUAUAUAUAUUAAAAUUUGUUUGUGGGGGGGGGGUUUCUAAUAACACCUGAUUACUGUAUGGUCCGUACUUGGAACUAAUAAUUUAUAAAAAUGUUUGAAUAUAUGUAUGCAUUGUGUACUUUACUACUGCAAUUUGGUUUUCUAUUUGCUAAAAUAAAUAUAGUAAUUAUACUGAU